AUGUCUUCGAACCCCAAUGCAAGGUUGCGAAGAACAAUGCCCAGCUUUGAGGUCCCACUAACUCCCGAACAACAACACCUUCACAGAGUAGUUACUUAUGAACUUGACCGUAUUGAAGGCCCGGGAUUCAGGGAAUAUCGCAACAUCCUAACCUACAAUUUUGACAAGAUCAAACUCAUCAUCAAAAUAUAUUCAGUGGUCGAGAAGAGUCCGUCCUUCUGGAUGACCCAUGAAAAGGUUCUUGCUUUUACAAGUGGCUUCUUCACGCCACCUGAGAGCCUCAACGUGCACCUCAGUGCUCCCAUUAUCCUCAAAGUCGAGAAAAACAUAUGGUUCAAUGGAGUAGGGGGCUUUGUCAAUGUUGUGAUGAUUGUGAAAUGGUCACGUCGGUUUCGGCAAAUCAAUGGCUCGCUUGACGUUUGGAGAAAGGGCGAGCGCAAUCCGACCAGCAUGCCAAUUUUCCCAGCCCCUCCAAGAGGGAGCCCUCCACAAACUGUCACAAUUUACAGGAAGGAUUUUUACCCUGAAGGCGAGGUACCUGCCGGACGGAACCCAAAUGACACAUUGUUAUGGGAUCUAGACGUUCUUCGGGCUUUUGCAAGAACUGCAAUUGAACUGGAGGGUUAUCAUCCUGAGUGA